AUAUACAUCUAAAGUUGAAAGCUUAACUUUUAAUAAUGCCAUUGAAGUUUAUUAUGCAUCCAUCCAUUUUAAGUUGAUUGAGCUUCAAGAUCAUAUUAUUGAAUUUACAAAAUCCUUGGUUAAUGGGGACGUGGAUAUUGGCAGAAAACUUUUAUCAGAAUGUGUCGAAAAAUUCACCCUAAAAGUGGAUAAUAAAAUAUCUCAUAUUUUAGUUGAUUGGGUAGCCAAAAAUAAAUUGGAAAGAGAUAUAAAUGAUUCAUUAUCAUUGAAAGGCUUAAGAUAUCUUUUAGAAAAAACUUUUAAUACUAAAAUUCCUUUUGCAACACCAGAAUUUAAUAUUUGGGAAUAUUCUUUAACAAAAGCUAUUAGAAAAGUUAUGAAAAAAGAAACGCUUGUUAAGGAAAUUUUGAAUAAAAAUUCUUUUUCAAUAUGUAAUCCACAACAAAUUGAAGAAUUAAACCUUUGUUUAACUCCAUUAAUUAGUUACAUUGACUUAAAUCGAAUGAAUGCAAAAGAAAUUAAACAACAGGUUGCACCAUUUAAUAUUUAUUCAGAUAAAAAGAUUAGUGACGUUUAUUAUUCCAAAGCAUUAAAUGAAGAACUAGAAUUUAUUCGUGGAGCACCGAUUUUUAAGUGGAAAAAUAAUGGAAUGAAUAAACUUUUCAAUGUUCCGAAUAAUGGAUUUACUGUCACGGCUUUUAUACAGGAAUCGGUAUUGGGAGAUUUGAUUUUUAAGGGUAAAGGAGUUUAUGAGUGGAAUAUUUUAAUUGAAAAGCUAAAUAACAAAGUAUACAUCGGCAUAUGUGAUAUAAACGUGAGUUUAAAUAAGAAUGAUCAAGGUUAUCAUGGAUGGGUUCUUGGAUCUGAUGGUUACGUUUAUCAUGAGAAAAAAUGGAAAUGGUAUGACGCAAAAUUUAAAGAAGGGGAUAAAGUUACCAUUCAUCUGAAUAUGAAAAAUGGAACCUGUGCAUUUUCUGUAAAUAACAUUAGGAAACCCACAGUUUCUGAAUGGAAUAUAUCUUCUCAAGUUUCUCCUAUUGUUUCCUUAGGAUAUGGUAGUAAAUUGCGAAUUGAAUAAUAUUAUAUAUAUUAUUAUUGAAAAAAUGUAUUUGUAACAGCCUGUUA